AUGUUGACAUGUGAUCAUCUUGUCCCGCCGGAUCGGUAUGACCAGAGGGUGGAGGAGUAUUUACGGUCUACUGGUUUUUACCAUGUCGUCCAGAUUGGGGUUGUUCAAUGUCAAAAAGCACUGGUAAACGCUUUAGUGGAAAGGUGGCACCCGGAGACAUAUACUUUUCACCUUCCGGUUGGUGAAUGUGCCGUGACACUGGAAGACGUGGCUAUGAUAUUCGGUCUUCCAACCGACGGUCUUCCAGUUACAGGGAUGACUUUGAGUAGUUUCGAAACCUUAGAGGCGGAGUGUCUAAACCAAUUUGGGGUCGCACCAUUAAAGUUGCAGUGUCGAGGAAACGGCAUAAGACUUACGUGGCUAUGGGAUUUAAAAGAACGGUUACAUUUGAGUGAUGAAAACAGUAUACAGGUGUACGUCAAGCGCCACAUCAUGUUGUUGAUUGGUACGAUCUUAUUUGGAGACAAGACUGGGGCAUCUGUGCACUGGAAGUUUCUAUCUCUGCUCAGUGAUUUUUCUAGUAUUGGACAGUACAGCUGGGGAUCAGCAUGCCUGGCACACCUAUACAGGAGUUUAUGCAGGGCAUCACGUUAUGACUAUAAGGAAAUAGAUGGACCGCUAACACUUCUACUUUAUUCCAAUGGUGUUAAUGAGAUGCGUUAUAUUAAGUGGCGAAAUUGGGAGCGUGGAGACCGAGUCUAUAGAUAUCUUAAGCUUGCUCAUUUUAGGAAGGCCUUUGAUGAUCUUGAGGAAGGCCAGUUUUUGUGGACUGCAUAUUCUGUUGAUCGUGUUGAUCCGGACAUAAUUCCCGCUGACAUGUACAUGCACGCGGUUUAG